GGAGUUACAGGGAUAUUCUGUGUUCUUGGGUCUUCACACACUCUUGGCUUUAAUAUGACUGUUCUACACCUGUGUUUAUUCGCGACUUUUUGGAGAGCUGUGCAUGCUAUCCAUCUGGACUGUGCUAUUAUCUCCCAGUUUAUACAAGACCAAGAGUUCUGCAUCCAGACUAGGAAGAGAGAGAUCAAGAAUCAGUCCCAACAAACAGGAUGUCGGACGGAUUGGGACGGGAUCCGCUGCUGGCGGACAGCCAAUACUGGACAACUCAUUAAUGUGUCCUGUUCAGAUGUCUUCCAGCACAUCUCCAACACUCAAGGUUUUAUAUACAGGAACUGCACGUCUAACGGCUGGAGUGACCCAUAUCCGCCGUACGAGGAAGCCUGUGCAUUUGAAGAUGAUUCAGAAUCUGGGACUGUGACAACUUACUUGUCAACCUUGAAACAGCUGUACACUGCUGGAUAUGCAACAUCACUUAUAUCGCUUAUUACUGCCGUUAUCAUAUUCACAUGCUUCAGGAAGUUCCACUGCACCAGAAACUACAUACACAUCAAUCUUUUUGUUUCCUUCAUCUUGCGGGCAAGCGCAGUCUUCAUCAAAGAUGCUGUUCUGUUUUCAGAUGAAACUCAGGAUCACUGUUUAAUGUCCACGGUGGCGUGCAAAACUGCUGUAACGUUCUUCCAGUUCUGCAUCCUCACUAAUUACUUCUGGCUGCUGGUGGAAGGCUUGUACCUGCAGACGCUCCUCGCCCUCACCUUCGUCUCGCAGAGGAAGUACUUCUGGUGGUACAUUCUAAUAGGAUGGGGUUGGUACAUCCUGAAAAACAGAUUUCAGGAGAAAGACGGUGGCUUUGUGGUGGCACUCCUUUACUGUUUUCUCAAUGGAGAUGUACAGGCAGAGUUGAAGCGCAGGUUAUGGAUGUGGCAGACCCAGACUCAUCUGAGCCCCAGUAAAAAGCGUGGGGUCACCGUUACUCAGAUCAUGAUGCAUAACUCCACUCAAUUAACAGACUGCCGUCUGCAAGGGCUACAUCACAUCUGUGUGAACACACCUGGAUGAUGCAGGUAGAAAGACUUGCAAAAGACUUCGGGAGCUUCACGUCCGGCUCUGGAGUGUGGAAGACGUUCAAAGAGGAAAUGGGUCAUUGUACGGCAUUAUCAAGGUCAUGCUGCAAAUACCUCAGAGUUAUGGAUUUGGCAGAUGUCAUUUGAGUUC